UGCGCAGCUAUCUUGCCAUACAAAAUAUCUGCGCAACAACACCGACGACUGUCGAUAGGCAUGCAAAAGCAGUUACAAAGUAGUAUUCCUGAAACGGUAAUAAAACGCUCAGGCUCAGAACGAUCAAGCUGAAGCCAGCUGAAGCCAUAGAACUUGUAACACUGGAAUAGGAAUACAAACGUCGAACUGUGAGCAACAUCCAAAGGACAGGGUAAAGAUCGAUGACAUCGAUGUAAAUAAGGACGUAUUAAAAGGAUCAAGCAGACAGUAGCAUACUACGACAAGCAUUUAUGGAGCAAAUUGACAAACUCAAAGGCAAUGAAGAUAUUGACUCAUUUGUCCACAGAAAAUCCAGCAAAAAAUCAAAGUCUAAAAAGAAAAAAGAUAAAAAAGGAAACAAAAAACAUAAAAGAAAGAGAAAAUGUUCAUCUUCAAGCAUUGAAAGCGACGACAGCGCGAAAUUUGAAUGGGUGGAGAAAAAGGCUCAAGAUCAAGUUAUUGAUUGUAGAGCACAAGAAAAUAAACUUAAAAGAGACGAAUGGAUGAAUGUAGACAGUUGUAUUCCAUAUUUAUCAAAGCCUAACAUGAAAUCACAGGGAUUAAAAGAGAAAGACAAAGAAAUUUUUCUAGAUAAACCAGGACAAAGUGACAGAGAAUUGAAUCCAUAUUGGAAAGCUGGAGGUGAUGGAUUACCUCAAAAUAAUCUAGGAAAAUCUGAUAAUCUGAAGAUUUUGGAUGUAAAUUGGCUAAAAAAGAGUCUUCAGCGUGCAGAGGAACAAGCUUGUCGAGACGGUAAAUGUCUAGAGGAAGUAGCUGCCGAACGUUGGGGUUCACUAGAAACUAUACAAACGAUGAUAAUUGAAGCGGAAAAAAUAUCCAAUACUCAACAGAAUAAAUCAUAUCACAAAAGAUGUCACAAUGAUAAAAAUGAUAGAAAUUCCGAAAAAAAUUUCAGUCCGAGAAUAAGAAAGCGUUCGAGAUCAAGAUCUAAAUCAAGAUCUAGAAGUAAGGAUUGCGCUGGAAAAUAUAAUACAUCUGACUACUCGUCGCAACAUUACACAAAUUUGAAGCAAACCUUUCGCAAACCUAAAGAUAACAAUGAUUAUUAUCAAAUGCCUGCCAAUAAUCGUACGAAAAAUUGGAAAAAAGAUAAAAGUGAUGAAAAGAGAUGUCAAGGUACUGAAUUACUUAUAUCUGAGGCAAAAGAAGUUGAUUUAGGAAAUAUUAAUAAUGAAAUGGAUAAAGAUAAAAACGUUGGUGUUUUGACUAAAGCAGAAAUGAAUAAAUUAGGAGCAAGGAUCAUUAAAGCUGAAUUAAUGGGUGAUGAUGAAUUAGCGGCGCAACUAAAAAUCCAAUUAGAAUACGCAAGAAAACAUAUUGCAUCAUGUAAUACCAGUGAGCAAGAGGAGAAUGUAAUUCUCACAAGAACUGAUGCAAAAGGUACCGCAAGACCAAUACAACCCAGAAGUGAAUCUAAACGAGAAAAUUACAGAAAUAAGAAAACUGUCGAGACAUAUAUUUCCGGUGAAAGAGUACGCCAUUUCGCAGAUGAUGAUAAAUAUUCUCUACAAGAAAUGUUUCAACGAGAAAAAGGAAGAUCCACAAUUGAAGAUGAAGCAAUUUUCACUAAACUCACUUCUAAGAACAUAGAUGAUAUGGAUGAUAUAUUUGAGCAACAAAUUGCACAAACAGAUUCGGAAGCGAGACAAGACAAGUGUGAUCGUGCACAGGCAAUUAAAGAACACAAAAAAUUAUCUAAAUGUAUGGAUAAUUGUUGGUGGUGCCUUGAUUCGAAAAAUAUGUUAAAACAUAUGAUUGUUACAAUGGAUUCUGUGAUUUGCUUAAGCUUGCCUGCUUGUACUUCCUUAAGUACUGGUCAUUGUAUAUUGACACCUAUACAGCAUGUGGCAUGUCAAUUACAAUUAGAUGAAGAUGUGUGGAAUAGAUUGAUGGAAUUUAAAAGGAAAUUAACAAAAAUGUUUUCAGACGAAGAGUUUUAUCCGAUAUUUUUUGAAGUAUACAAAGUACGUAAUAAAUUUUCACAUAUGCAAUUAGAGUGUAUUCCACUGCCGAAAAAGAUUGGAGAGUUGGCACCGAUAUAUUUUAAGAAAGCUUUGUUGGAAUGUGAAACUGAAUGGUCCAUGAACAAGAAAAUUAUUGAUUUAACAUGUAAAGGUAUACGUCAUGCUAUACCAAAUGGUUUAUCUUACUUUAUGGUCGAAUUUGCUUCACAUCUUGGUUAUGCUCAUGUAAUCGAGGACGAAGAAAUGUUUCCGCAAAAUUUUGCCAAGGAAAUAAUAGGAGGAAUGUUGGAUUUGGAUCAUAAUUUGUGGCGGAAACCAAAAAGACAAAGUUUUGAGGAACAAAGAAUAAAAAUGUUAGAGUUCACAGAAAAAUGGAAAACGUAUAAUUCGUCACAAUCAAAAGACAACUGAUUAUUUUGAUGACAAGAAAAAAUUAUGUAAUAAUGUU